CUUUGGAAUGGAUGUUUUCAGGUUUUAGAGUCAAGCCAAAAACUGAUGCGUGAAUUUUGCAGAUUCCAUCCUCAGUUAACGUUCUGGCCUUACAGGAUGCAUUAUUUGAAGAAACACGAAAAUGGCAAAUUUGGUGCUCCAAGACUCCAGCAGCAGCAAAUACCUCCAUAUCAACAAUGUUACAUCUCAUAAACAAGAUCGCCACCGCAUACUGACUGCCAUGUUGCGCAUGAAAAACUGUACCGCAUGUCUGUGUUGAUGAAUGGGGUGGCGUGUGUGCAUUAUGUUGAAAAGAGACAUUUAUACAGCCUAUAAGGAUAAACAUAUUCUAUAGCGUCAAUGCAUAGUUUGUCUACAGGUGAAAGAGAUCUAGAUAGGUUGGCCUUGUUUGUUAACUUAUGUUUGUUCGUUGUUCACCAGGUCCCUCGGAAUCUGAACAAAUGUCAAACGAGCCACCUUAAAUGCAAACAACAGCUGAAUAUCUGUCGAGAUUUGAAAUACACACUGACAUUGAUCAUGUGAACUUUAACUGUCACACAUAAUUCCCUUCCUGGUUGCCGACACCUGUAGUUACAUUGAGAACGAAUGCGGUAUGGUCAUGUGUGAAAUAUCCGACAUGGGUUUGGUCUGGAUGGGACUGCUUGUGGUCUGUGUCACUUUUACACUCACUGAUGCUGAGUGUCACUGUAAUACCACGGACGCCUGUGACGUGUUCCCCUCUACUCCCUGUAGCCAGGUCGGCAGUACAGACAGAUGCCAGGAAGGAUGGUUUGGUUCGUACUGUCAGAAACAAAAUAUUGCGUUGAGGAGAACAUGCAUCCAGAGUAGUACAUUGUCAGAUGCAAAUAACUACGGAGCAGGACUUGCUGUAGAUGGUAGAGCCACCACAAAUGCCAAGAGCACGCAACUAACAUGUGCUCAUACACGCAAUCAGACAGAGCCCACCUGGACUGUGAACCUGAAAACAUCACGUCCAGAAAAGAUACAACACAUCAGACUCUAUCUACGUGACGACCUACAGGAGAGAAGCAACGGCAUGGCGAUAUUUGUGGGCAGCCAGAUGUGCUACAACUGGUCAUCAACUGAACAUCCUCCUCCUAUAGCUAACGUCACCUGCCAUCAACCAUUGACAAUUGACGUUGGCAUUAACGUCACAAUACGGAUACCUGGUGACCUGAAAUUCCUUACUUUAUGUGAGGUGCAGAUAUUUGUUUGCAGUAACGGGUGGUUUGGAGAAGAGUGUGACAAACAGUGUCGAUGUCAAAAUAGAACUGACAUAUGUGAUAAGAUCACUGGUCACUGUGCUGGUGGAUGCUCCCCGGGAUAUAAUGGUACCGACUGCCUUACAGCAUGUCAAGAUGACUCCUAUGGUAUCAACUGUGCCUCCCAGUGUGGAAACUGCCUAAACGGUGUCAGCUGUGACAAGACAAACGGAACCUGUCCCGGAGGAUGUGCAGCAGGGUGGGUCAGUGAUGGCACGUGUGAGCAAGCAUGUGUCAACGGUACCUUUGGUGGCAACUGUGAAUCGCAUUGUGGAUCAUGCCUAGACGGUGAUUUGUGCGACAAGAAAACAGGGACAUGUCCCAGAGGCUGUGCAACAUUCUGGAUGGGAAACACGUGUAAAGACAGUUUCAUUGCGGGUGUAGUGGGCGGGACGGUUGCAGCUGUUUUGAUCAUCAUUGUUGUUGUGGCUAUUGUCAUUUGUAAGAAAAGGAAAAAGAGGAAAAAGGAUGACUCGAGAUUGCAGUCUUCCCUGAGUACAUUUCCUGUGGCUGCUAGUAAUGACGAACCAUCUGGGAGUAAAUCCAAACCAAGGCCACCUCCAGCUAUAGAUGAAGAUGAAGAUGAAGAUGAAGAUGCUAUGUUUUCUGUUGAGACUGAAGUUGAUGUCGGCAACGAAGCUUCCUCUGCCUACUACAACUGGAUACAACCUCACAUGGCGCUGGAUAAGCUCCAGCAGUCUGUCAAUGAGAAGAAGAAAAAGGCCUCUUUCAAAACUGAAUUUCAGACCAUCCCGUAUGGAGCAAGACAUCCACAUGAGGCUGGUAAGAAAGCAGAGAACAAGACGAAGAACCGCUUUCUUGCACUAUAUGCUUAUGAUGAUUCGAGAGUUGUGUUGGCGGAUGGAGAUGAUUACAUUAAUGCCAAUUAUAUCAUGGGACACGAUGAUACUCCAAAAUACAUAGCUACACAAGGACCCAAACCGGUGACAAUCACUGACUUCUGGCGGAUGGUGUGGCAGGAGGACGUAACACAGAUAGUCAUGCUGACCAGGCUGAUGGAGAUGAACAAGACGAAGUGUGAACAAUAUUGGCCUGAUGGGAAUAAGGCAAAAAAGUACGGACACGUUAAGGUGUUUAAUAAGAAUGUGACUGUGAGGGCUGACUACAGGAUCUACACUUUCCUGCUUCAAAAAUUCGGUGUUGAGAGAACUGUGACGCACUACCACUUCACGUCUUGGCCUGACCACGGUGUUCCCUCUGCCCCUGCCCUCGUCAACUUCUGGAGACUGGUCAAACAGGGGGACAUGGACAGGGGUCCCAUGGUGGUGCACUGCAGCGCUGGAGUAGGACGGACGGGAGCGUUCAUUGCCCUGGACUACCUGAUUGAUGAAGCUGAGAGUGAUAAAAGAGUCAACGUGUACAUGUGUGUAUGCAAGAUGAGACAGAACAGGAUGAACAUGGUGCAGAAAGCGAACCAGUACGAGUUCGUGCAUGAUGUGGUCCUGGAGGCUCUCAAUAGUCGAGGAACACACUACACUUCGUCUGAGUUUGACAAAACGUUUGGUUUUGACAAGACGUUUACAACACAGCAAGAGGGCAUACUGAAAAAUCAAUUUAAACUACUUCAAGUACAGACAUCUGACCUGACAGCAGAGACAACUUCACAUGCCUUGCUUCCAGGGAACCUGGCCAAAAACAGGAGCCGUGAUAUCCUCCCUGGAAACCAAUCACGACCCCACCUGUGUACUCCCGUUCAGAGUCGGAAUGACUACAUCAAUGCUGUGGUUUUGCCUUCUAUACUUCGGCCAUCAAGCCUGAUCGUCACACAGACCCCCCUGCCAGACACUGUGGUGGACUUCUGGAGACUGGUGUACGACCAUGACUGCUUCACCAUUGUCUGUUUGGACGACUCCAAGGAUACAGAUGCAAUGUACCCUAAAAAGAACAAAGUGUUAAAGAAUGGACCAUUCAAUGUGAUACAAGGGGCAACCAACUCAAACAAUGACGAGGCAUUCUACAACGAGAGAAAAUUAAUGCUUGCAUAUGACAAGAAGGACAGCGAGCAGUCAGUGACAUUGUUCAGUCUGCGGUCACAGGACAUGAUGUCCAACAGUGCCUCACUUCUGGAACUGAUCAACGUGGUGGACAGAAUCAUCAGCUCUGCUGACCACACAGUUCUUAUCCACUGCCAUGACGGUGCCGGAGUGAGCGGCGUGUUCUGCAGUGUCCUGAAUAUCAUCAGCAGACUGAUGCUGGACAGAGACGUGGAUAUCUUCCUCACCAUCAGGGAACUGCAGCGUAUCAGACCUCAGUUUGUACAGUCCUUCGACCAGUUCCAGCUGUGUUAUGAUGUGGUGAAGGAGUACAAUCGUUCUGCCAACGUCUACACCAAUAUGUGACACAGAAAGAGAAUUACACUGUAUUGUACAUAAACACGGAUAGUUUUUGAAUGAUGGGUGUUUUUUAACUUUGAAAGGCUUUAUCAUAAUCAUGCUUAGGCUUCAGUACUUCUUAAUUACUGGCAUAUAACCAACUUUUAUUACAUUUAAACGUCGAUUAAUCAAAAUUAUGAAUCAUCGAAAUGUUUUGAGUUAUCCAUACUACAAAGCUGAUAUGUUUGCGAGGAACCGUGGAUCGUUAUGUUAAAUUGAUAAUGACAUAUCAAGUAUUACAGUUCGAAAAGUAAACCCCUGGUCAAUAAAAUUUCAUUCAUUCACAAUGGUCCAUUUAUUGCUCACAAAUGUGUACAAUAUGCGCGGAACCCAGGGGUUAUAUCGAAAUGCAAUAAUAAACUUUCAAAGAUAAACUAAAGCCAUGUCAACUUUUAAAAAACAUUGCUCCGGUACAAUCGGAACUGAAUUAUUUAUGAUCCGGAUUAAAAAUUGCUCAUAUCCUUGGAAACCCUGGCACAGGAGAGUAGACGUUACCUUUCGAAGCUACAACAACAACAACAGAAGCUACAUUCGUAUAUCAUUUAUUGUACAAGUUACUGUAUGUUUUAAUCGGCGUGUACAUGUAAUUAUUAACGAUGCAUUGCCGAGAUGUUCAUUUCGUACUUGAUAAAGUUACAAGUCAUUGUUGCAUUGAAAGAAUAAAGAACUUGACAUAUAGUUUGUUAUCUAAUACAUCCUGUCAUUUCAAGAUAUAUAGGCGGACACGCAGUUGAAUAUAAUACUGGCAUCGCGCGGUUAAACAAAGUUCUAUUAUUCACAUCACAUGCGUAUCAAUUGCAUCUUGACUACAAUUCACCAUCCACAUAUAGCACACAUGUACGAAUAUCCACAUGCACGAAGAAUGAGCAGUGUGUACUUUAUUUUAUAAUCGAACUAUAUAGGUGUUAUAAAUAUGCAGGCCCAGAAGUUUGAAUAAAUAUGAAAUAUCUUAGGUUGUAUCUAGCAUCUUCGUAAUUAUCAGUUUCAUACUAGUAAUUUGAUAAAAUAAUCUACUGACCCUUCGUUACCAACUAUCAUAUUACAACCAGUCAGUAUCUCUCGGUCUGCUCGCCCGUUUACAUUCAGGCCUCUGAAACCUGACAACGUGAAGUACGAACAAUGCAGACCAUACAUAAAAAAGCUUAUAUUUAUACAGUCGUGAGGUCUCUGUAACCUGACUGUGUUCAUUAUCUAGAUGUCAAUACCGACGCGUCGAUAUUUUCAAGUUAUUUUGUUUAUUUCAUGACGCAACACCGACAUGAGAUCAUUAUUAUGACUGACAUGUUCAACUGAAAUUAUUGCGCACUAACUCUGCUUCGAGCGAUCUCAAACGAGAAGAACCCAAGUAAUAUGAUAUCAGUGUACAAAUGAGGAUGUGGCUUCAUGUUGACACCGGCGUAAUGUUGACAAGGAUGAAGGUAUCACAUUAUCCUAUUUUUGAUAGCAUGGGUCGUGUGCCUCUACACUUUCUUCCGGGUUACAUGUACAUGUCAUGGGCAUCUUUUCACAUCAAAUAUGCGUAUUUUGUGUUAGCAGUGACUGCACCCAACUACUCUCUGUAGCCAGCGCUAAUUUUCAAUCAUGUUUACUGUACGUGAGACGGAAAUACAUUUUUAUUAAACAUGUGUAAUAGUCUCAAAGCACGAUCAGUCGCAUCCUACGUCGUGAACCACUUCAAGCAGAUAUUUAACAGGUUUAGUAUACUAAUAGUUAUGCCCAUGAAGCUCAUGUUCCUGCAUGAUAAGCACUUUUUGCAAAUACAUAACAAAUAGCAAACAAACUGGUAAUGGUCAAAAAUAUUUUUAAGUGAUGAAAGUAGUUUUCUCUCGUUUCCGUCACAUGUUUUCAUUCCCCAGCAGCAAUGUGUUUUGGCAAAGUCACACUUGUCCGAAAUUAGCUCCUCACAUGUCGAAGUCAUUCGAUCCGUGAAACUUUGCGGGUCCCGGUGACCCAGAUUCCCUGUUGAUUGGCAUGCCAAGUGUCAUUUGCAUAAGGCCAUCCAUAUGUUUUGUAUGUGUUUUUCCCCUCAAACCUCCACUAACUAGAGAGCGGGCGGACGAAUUAAAAUAUAUUAUUUUUUACAAAAUGUCUUUUAAUUAUUGUGUUAGAUAUUUCAUGACAUUUAAAAAAAGUUUGAACACUUGGCACUAGAAUCUAGUCUAUGAAAUAAGUUAUGACGUAGAUCGAGUCGCUUUGCUUUGAAUAAACAACUGAAGAAAGAUAAA